UGUGUGUGUGUGUGUGUGUGUGUGUGCUGGUAUUUAAACACACCCCAUCCUGUCCUGGAUCAUAACGGAGCUGCUGCUGCUCGCUGCCUCACUGCUGCUGCUUCUCUGAAGGUCCAACAUGGCGCUGGUCUCUGAGUUUUUGGGCCAACUGACGCUGUCGUACGGCGGGGAAGUCGAGCCUGCAUUUCCAACAGUGGUGCCGGCACAAGACUUCGAUCCGGACAGAGACGCUGCCAGGCUCGACACGGCCAUCAAAACUAAAGGUGUAGACGAACAGACCAUCAUCGACAUCCUGACCAGACGCAACUACAACCAGCGCAGAGAGAUCGCCUUCGUUUAUGAACGACUCGCCAAGAAGGACCUGAUGGCAGCCCUGAAGGGGGCGCUGUCCGGCUCUCUGGAGAGUCUGAUGUUGGGUCUGAUGAAGAGCACCACCCAGUUCGACGCCUCGGAGCUCAAAGCCUCCAUGAAGGGGCUGGGAACAGACGAGGAGACGCUCAUCGAGAUCGUGUGCUCCAGAAGUAACGAAGAACUGGCCGAGAUCAAGAAGGUCUACAGAGAGAUGUUUAAGAAGGAGCUGGAGAAAGACGUUGCAGGAGACACAUCAGGGAACUUCGCCAAACUGCUGCUGGCUCUGGUUCAGACAAAGAGAGACGAACCCUCCAACGUGGUCGACUAUGAGAAGAUUGACAACGACGCCAGAGCUCUGUAUGAAGCCGGCGUGAAGAGGAAGGGAACCGACGUCUCCACCUGGAUCUCCAUCAUGUCUGAGAGGAGCGUCCCCCACCUGCAGAAAGUGUUUGAGCGGUAUAAGAGCUACAGUCCGUACGACAUGAAGGAGAGCAUCAGGAAGGAGGUGAAGGGAGAUCUGGAGAAGUCCUUCCUCACUCUGGUGGAGUGCUUUGAGAACAAGCAGCUGUACUUUGCCAACAGACUCAGUGAAGCCAUGAAGAGUAAAGGAGCGAAGGAGAAGGUGGUGACCAGGAUCGUCGUGUCUCGCUGUGAAGUCGACCUGAUGAAGAUCAGAAGAGAGUUCAAGAAGCAGCACAAGAGGUCGCUGUACCAGACCAUCGCUGAGCACACUAAAGGAGACUACCAGAAGGCUCUGCUCAGUCUGUGUGGAGGAGACGACUGAGGAGACCACUGAGGAGACCACUGAGGAGACCACUGAGGAGACCACUGAGGACUCUGUCUGGACUCCCACAAUGCCUCUGGGUUUUUACAGUAUUCGAGCUUCUUGUCUGGACGUCAGCUCCAUCUGUCUGAGCAGCUUCAGUUUGUCAAAUAAAAACUUUUCCCCA